CGGCUGGAGGAAUUUGGGGAAGGUUGCCCCUUCUUCUCUGUCUCUCAUAUACCGACGAGGAUGGAGAGGUCACAUGAUUCAACUUCAACACACCGACUGGGUUAUUAGAGAAAGGGGGGCAGAUGGUGAGAAACGAGCAAACGUUAUACCACCGGGAUAUUUUGUAAAGCGCCGAAGAGUCUCACCUUGGCUAACCGCAGAGAGCAGGACACGUUAGUGGCUUUCUAAGAGCUGACUGGUCCCUGGUCACAGUGGCAGCAUGAGUUGGAGCUUUUUAACACGCCUGUUAGAUGAGAUCUCUGACCAUUCCACCUUUGUGGGGAAGAUCUGGCUCACGCUCCUCAUCGUCUUCCGGAUUGUUCUGACGGUGGUGGGUGGUGAAACCAUCUACCAUGAUGAGCAGAGUAAAUUCGUAUGUAACACUGCGCAGCCUGGGUGUGAGAAUGUGUGCUACGAUGCCUUCGCACCACUCUCCCAUGUUCGAUUCUGGGUCUUCCAAAUCAUCAUGAUCACCACACCCUCCAUCAUGUAUCUAGGCUUCGCCAUGCACAAGAUCGCUCGCAUGAAUGAUGAUGACUACCUGCCACGGAAGCGCAAACGGAUACCCUUGGUGCACCGUGGUGCUAACCAUGACUAUGAAGAGGCAGAUGAGGUGGGUGAGGAGGUGCCCAUGAUAACGGAGGAGAUCGAGCCACCUGAGAAGGACAAGAAGGCAACAGCUGAGUCCUGCAGCACCCCUGUGAAGCAUGACGGGCGGAGGCGCAUCCAGAGAGACGGCCUGAUGAAAGUGUAUGUGCUGCAGCUGGUGUCACGCGUUGCCUUCGAAGUGGCAUUCCUCUUCGGACAGUACAUUCUAUAUGGCUUCGAGGUAGCUCCCUCAUACGUCUGCACCCGCAGCCCAUGCCCACACACCGUGGACUGCUUUGUCUCACGGCCCACAGAGAAGACCAUCUUCUUAAUCAUCAUGUACGUGGUCAGCAUGCUCUGCCUGCUGCUGACCAUGCUGGAGAUUCUGCAUCUUGGCAUCGGUGGCCUGAGGGACACAUGCCGUGAGCAAGCCGCCCAGAGGCGCUCAUUGUCUGGGCCUCCGCACACCACUGCCCUGUGCCACCGGCUGACCAGCGCCCCUCCGGGCUACCACACUACCCUGAAGAAGGACACCUCAAGCAGGCUGAAGGGAGAGUUCUGUGACUUGGGCGACUCGGGACGUGAGUCGCUGGGUGAUCAGGCAGCCAGUCGGGACCUGGACCGUCUGCGGAGGCACCUGAAGAUAGCGCAGCAGCACCUGGACCAGGCCUACCACAAUGAAGAAGGGGGAGCAUCGCGCAACAGCAGCCCAGAGUCUAACAGCACAGCGGCGGAGCAGAACCGACUCAACCUGGCCCAGGAGAAGCACGUCAGCGCUGCGGAGAAAGGGGUCCAUGCUUGAAGCAAGUGCAUUGCUGUUGUCUUGCCUCUCAGUCAAUCAAAAUGGCCUUCUAUGGGACGGACUGCACAUAUCGGAGGGCAGUCAUUGACACAAGUGAUACUGAAGAUGCGUGUGUGUGCGUGUGAAUGCGCAUGUGUUUGUAUGUUUAGGAGAAAAAUGUGCCUUUCAGUAUUAAAGGGAGACUCCACUACUUCACACUGUCACGUUUAUGUCUCAUCUGCUCAGCGCAGGUGAAUACUGCUUUAUAUGCUCUUUAGCAAAAUGGUCCAAAGACCUCACUGAGACGCAAUGGGGCAAAAAUGGCAUCAGUCAAGCAAAGAGAAGGUGCUUGAGUUUAAAACCGUUACCUGUUAAGAUACUGGUUUUAACAUGCCCUUGUCCACUUGACCUCUCCAGUCUACAAUGUCACCUCUAGGGCAGUUCCAUCAUGCUCAAGUGUGCUGUGUUAGAUUAACCCUCAGCUGGGCAAGGGACUGAGUGAAUGUGUCAACCUCAGCAGCAGAACUCGCCCCAGAAAUCAUGGCAACCUGACGCAUUUCCUAUUUUUCAAACCCAAAAAAUGGCACACAAAGCUGUUUACAAGCCAAAUACUAUAAAAUGCUUAAUAUUCAAAACCAUGACAUUUGAUUUGCUGAGCUUGGGGUUACAAACUACUCCAUCUGUUACACUGCAAACUACUCUAGAUAACAGCGAAAAAAGAAAGGUAAUACACCACAGUAAUACAUCACAGUUAAACUUACAGCCAGACAAAUUAUUCACAAAUGUAUGUACACUAUGCUUUGCAUUGCAAAGUUUGCUUUGCUAGCCAUUUAGGGCACUAAGGAUAACCUAAAAACCGCUCUUUACUGUCCUUUUCUUCCUCCUAUUGUAAUGUAGGAGUGAUGAAUUAAAGUUAGCAGGGGCAUGAUUAAACUGGCUCAUGAUAAUGCAAAUAGGAUUGGGUGUUAUACAUUUAGAAUUUCCUGUGUCAAAUAAUAAAUAUGCUGUAGUCACAUUCUUUGCCAUGACAGAGAAGUAGUGGAAUAUCCUUUCAAUGUUGUUUUCCAAGUUGCGAUACAGACAUGGAUGCCAUAUUCUGUCAAAAUGAGGCUGGUUUGUUUCUCAGCACAUUGCCAUAAGCCAAAACUUACCAAGUCUUCCACUUCAUCAUUCCAAUAUAUGAAAGCUCUAUUGGUGUAAAUACUUAGCAAACAAGAUCUGUAGUUUGUGGUUUGUAGUGUUUGUGUAAGGCUUUGUAAUGUGUGCAUGCGUGUAUGAGAGGUAACUGUUCAUUCCUCUUCUUUGUGGUACUUCACAUCUUCCCAGGUUUGAUGCUGGGUCAUAUCAGUGCCUUAUGAUCUUACAACAGUGACUGCACAGUAGGCUUCUGAUCACGCUGUCUUUGUAUGUGUUAACAAUGAAACUAAUAAGAAUGCACAUUUGAAUAACAUUACUGCCAUUGACCAGAUUUGGACAGUACUAAAAACCUGGAGAAUGCUUGAAUAAUGUAAAUUAAAAUCUUUCAUGCUGUUUAACUUUUGACCUAAAAGGUCUAUUUUACAUUCAUCUGAAUACAUUGAACCAGUUGUUACAUUCUAUUCCAUUUGUAAUAAAUUCUAUACCUUAGUAUCUGUUUUGGCUGUAGUACAAGUAGGAGAAGUAUACUUUGAAUGUGUUAAUUUUGUAAUUUAAAUGAUAUAAAUUAAAGAAUAGAAAUGAAUGCAUUUGUGCUGUUUUGAUCUAAUUGUCGCAUUUGGUGAGUUGUCAGUUGUGACAACUCAUCAAAUCAGCUGUGACUUAACAUGUUGUGCCUUAGCGUUUGUCUUUUUUGAAAUCCAUUUACUUCUAAUAUUGUCUUGGAAUGAACGUACUAACAUUUUUCAAACUCUGUGUCUUCAGUUCUGAUUGUUUGGAUGGAUCUGCUCAUCAGCACAUUUUUCAUCGUGGUAAAACUGGAUUCAAAAAGAUUACUGCAUCUGAAAGGUUCAGCUGUGUAAUUGUGGCAUCUUUGUCAUUUGUUCUGUGCCAUUGUAGAAAUGUGCUUUCAACUGGAAGAUGUUCAGUCCUUCAUGAUUUUUAUUUUUUUGCUUUAUUGGUGACAUGGUACAAAGUCAAAAUCAUUUCUGUACCAUUUAGACAGAUUCCUGUGCAUUGAUACAUUUUGUAGUUAUUGUCCUUGUUGUUUGCUUGCAUUGAAAAAUAAAAUUGCAUAUUGAUAACCA